UUAGCACGUGACCAAAUGAAAGGACAUACGUUCAUUCACUUGCUUGGUCUUCAAUGCCUGCUUGCUUGGUUCACCUCGAAAAUGUUGGAUGAGUCGGCCGAGGCCUCUGAAACUCAUGAAGAGGAUUGUUUCAUGUCUACCCUAUAGAGAUGUGCAGAGGUGACGGAUGUGUAUCCCAAAGAGAGGUCCCUCUUGCCACUUGGACACAAUACAUUAACAUUUCUAAAGCACACCAUCAACACAAUCACAUAUACUAGUUUACAGCAUCUAUACUUAUGCAUCAGCAACCAAAGUUGUCAAAUAUGAAGCGUGCUACCAAAAGGAAGCUUGACACUGAUUCGGUGCCUUUGGGUGAAAAUGGGACGGAAGACUGCAAAAGGCCAUGUAAUGGAGUUGCAGGAGAAAUUCUCUUAGAAUCAUUAACAUCAACACAAGUCCUUGGAAGAUAUCGCAAAGUUUUUAAACCCGGUACUGUAAAAUUUUAUAAGUCAAACGGCGAAGUCGGUGUAAAUUUUGAUGAUGAUGCCGAGCAAACUUACGUGUUUAAUAUAGACAGUGGAAAUGGCCUAGAUGUUGUUCCUGAUACGACACCGUCGCCGUUGGCCGUCAGAGUUGGUAAUCAGGUUUGUGCGAGGCUCAACAAAGAAGAGGACGCGUUUACUCUUGUAAAUGUCAUGGAGAUAAAGGAUAGGCCUUUGCAGUACCUAGUAAAGGUUUUUGAUAACGAUGCUGAAUCAAAAGGGAUUUCGAAAUGGGUCAGUCGCACCGAUAUACGUUUGUUGCAACCUUUGAUGGCAAAAGGCAGCAGUGAUCAAUUGAACGUCUCUGCUAGGCCUAAAUCGCGGGAAGAAACGGACAGUGCCAUGUCGGACACCGAUUUUAGCGCGGACGACCACGAGCUUGAGGAAGUAUUUACUUCGCAAAGGCCCUGCUCAAGUCGCAGCUCCACCCCACAUAGCCGUGGCUCUGCUCGAUCAAGCCGGACACCAACGCCUCAUAAAGGACAGGUUAUUGUAACACCAAAUGGAUUUAGAAAGAAGUAUAAUGGCAAGCAAUGGAGAAAGCUAUGUAUGGUUGAGGGGUGUGAGAAAGAAUCUCAGAAAAAGGGUUACUGCUCCAGACACCUUACAAGCCUUCGCGAGUCGGGAUCUCGGAGUAAACUUCAGGACAGCAUGGAGUUAAGCAAAGAAGAAGACCAGAAAAGCACAAGCAAAGAGGGCGAGCGUGGGUCGAGUGCAUUUGAUUAUAGCGAGCACGAUGCGUCUGUUAUUGAAGCUGCUUCUUCUUUGAUGAGCCUUAGUCGAUGUGCCACACCCUACUCUUGCCCUAGUACUCCUGGUCUGCCAUCCCCAAGACUUGGACCACCAGCCUCGCCGUUUCAUAUCAGCCCGACUCAUGCGAUGCCCAGAGUCCCUGUAACCUCACUCUCCAGUAGCACGCCUAAAGGAAGCAAACUGUCUGAUUUAUCACCUAACGGAAGGCGGCUGGCUCAAAACAGCCCUGACUCAGGUAUUUCUGUCUUUGAGACACCGACCAGUACAACAACAACUGUUGCUCAAAGGCAGACCAACGAGAAAAAGCAGUCUUUUUCACCUAUUCACCCUGUCGAAAAUAGAAAAGCAUCUGGCGUUUCUCCAGUGGUGUCCCAAACCACCAAGCCAGCGUUUUCACCGCCUCCAGUUAGCCCUAAUUUGGUUCGCAUGAACAAAGGCAACGUACCCGUCGGCUCUGCAACUAGUGUGUUUGUUAGGCCAUCAAACUUGCCACGUGGUUCAGAAAUUGGGAGGGAGGAAGAACAUGGCGAGCGCCAGUUUGCCCCUGAAACAACUGAUUCAGAGGAAAAAGACGUAAGUGUUGACAGUGCGGAUGGAACAGGAGGUACUGGAGAGGCUGAUCCAUCUAAGACUCCUUCAAAUAGGCCAGCGAGUCUGAUUCCUUUGGGUGAACAAGAUCUUGCCAAACAGAAUAAAAAGGGAAAAGAUCACAUACGACGACCGAUGAAUGCAUUCAUGAUCUUCUCCAAAGCGCAUCGCCACCUUGUCCACCAGAAAAACCCUAAUCAAGACAACAGGACAGUGAGCAAGAUACUUGGCGAAUGGUGGUAUGCGUUAAAACCGGACCAGAGAAAGGAAUAUUACAACCUGGCCAAUCAGGUCAAAGAAGCUCAUUAUAAAGCACAUCCAGACUGGAGAUGGAGCAGUAAAGAAAAGAAGAGACCAAGAUCAACUUCUGACGCAAAAACCCCCAUAAAAGAUCAUUCCAGUGAUACUGCCAGAAUUGCAGAUGAUAUCAUGAACCGAACUGACACGGCCACACGAAAAGAUUUGAAAGGCCAACAAAAAUUGGACGAGGUUCAGUUAGAAUGCGAAGAACACGUGACUGAAGAUUCUGAUACAUCAGAUAACGAGGCCUUCAGUCGGAAUUCAAACUCCUCGUGUGUCAAGUCUACGACAUCGACCAGCGUGGUCUCUGAUGCUGUUACGUCACCACCCUACUCACCUGUUAAAAUAGUUGGAAAGAGUGGAUACCUGGAGCCAGCACAACAUGGACACAUCCAAAAGCCAAAAACAAUGACGAAAACGAUGAAGAUUGCAUUCAACGAUGACUUUCGGGUCAAUGGAAAGUCUCAUAGGGAUGGCCGAUGGAAUUCUGGGAAGCCCCUUGAAUCAAUAACUGAUGGACCUGGCUUCGUUGAAAGGCACCUCGAUGUAAACAAACACAAGUCCAACCACUCGAUAACCGAGUUGCUAAAGAAAGACACUCAUUCGGUUAAUGAGAAACACCCUGGUGGGUACAAUGUCACGAAUAUAUACAUGGUUGGUGUCGGCCAAUCACAAGCGUUUUUGGAAAUGGAGUCGAGGAGGCGCAACUACAAUGAUCAUCGUGAGUUUUUCGGAGAGGAGAUGCUGCCUCGCAGUAACUCAUUUGAAGGAAUGUCUCGAAGUAACUCAUUUGAAGGUAUGCCCCGUACUAGUUCAUUUGAUGCAAUGCCAAGAAACAGUUCAUACGAAGGUAUGCCUGCCAGCAUUAUGGAUUACCAGUACCAUGGUGCACAUCAAUAUCAUGAACCAAUAAGGCCACAAGACUACACACGGCGUGCUAUCACCCCCAAUCUGUCGACUGGAUUGACGUACCCAAAUAUGUUAGUGUCAGCCAACAGCCACGUGGAAAGUCGGCAGCGGAGUAAAUAUGUUUGCAGAUCAGCUGGCAACACCCCCUUGUCUAGUCCCGGUCCUUUUUCAGAGAAGGCGUACGCAUUUCCUCCAGAGAAGUUGAAUUUCAGGAGUGACCUUGAGAACGGGUCCCGUUCCAGCUCAUCAGAGUUUGUCAAGGACCAGAAAAUCAUGAUGGAUGAUGGAGACACAUACAACGGAGCCAAUUCGACAUCCACAAGUCCUUCUAAAUCUUUUCUUAAAAAGCAAAUGGAUGAUGGUAUGGAAAGGGUCCUUGCUGAAGUGAAAUUCAAAGAGCAUUUCGAAAAGUUGCCGAAAUUUCGUCCGGAAGACAUCGCCCGCUCAAACGGAUUCGAUGAAAAAUGUCAAGAGAGACACAAAGAAAUAUCAAUCCAUUUCAAAUGCAAAGAUUCCCAGUACAGCAGAGAUCCGUAUCUCAGCCCAACACAGCAAGGGCUGAUUCUUAACAAUGUUACACAGCCUAACAACAAUUCUUGCCCAGUAUCACCAGUCACUUCCAAUCGUAAGCUUCUUGAUGAGAAAAGGAACCUCGUUUUGCAGUUAUUCCAAAAGCAUGGCUAUUACCCAACGGAGGCUGUAACGCAAGACUUUCAGUUGGAACACGAGGAUAUUUUCCCCACUAAGUUCAGCUUGCAAAUGAAGAUAAGGGAAGUUAGACAGAAAUUGAAAUUGGGGAGUCCGGUGAAGACUGACUCAUCUUUGAAAGACCUUCCAAAUAUAUAACGGUCUCAUAUCAUGAACUGAUUUAUCAACGUUGCUGCUGGAUUAACAUGUCUUUCACGCAAACAAUGGUACAUGAAUAGAUAACCUACUUGUUACAAAGGUUUCACAAGUAGGUAACGUAUUCUUACAAUGGUUAAUAUAGUAAGUAACCUAUUUUUACAAUGGUUUCAUUAAUGGGUAACCGACUUUUUCAAUGGUUUAAUUGAUAAGUGAUCUUCUUCUUACAAUGGUUGCAUCGUUGUUUUCAGGUUUGAUUUGUAAUUUUGCUUUAUUUUUCAUGAAGCUGACUUCGUUUUGAUUCAUUUUUAAAUCGGACAUAUUUUACGCAUUUUAAGUGCAUGUAAACGGUCGAUGAUUGCAUUUUAAUGCUAAAUGGCAAUUGCUCAAAAAUUUUACGGUGACAAUCUGCUAUUAUAUACAAGGCAAUGUUAAAAAAGAAUUUAGAAAAAGCGAACGUUCUUCACAAUCUCGUGAGUUGAUCGCUAGAGAAGGACCAAAGUACUUGCUUUUGAGUUAUUGCCUUCUAAUUUCAUCUCAGUAGAACUACUGCCCAGUAUCCAUUUUAUCGUUUGCAUGCACUUCGUACUAAUUUCACUGUAUUCAAGUCAAACCUAAAGAAUGUAUGACAUAUCUAAGUUAGAGUUAAUUUAUUGGCAAGUAGUGUGCAUAUGUAUUUUAGAACUUAUCAUUUAAAUCACUCUUAUGUUCGACGCUGAUUUUUACAUUGUUGUAAAUUCAUUACCUAAGGUUGUCUUAGGGUCUUUAAGGGGUUAUCUAGGGGAAUGUUUGGAGCCUGUGUUCUGUGUUAACAAUUAGACUGGCAAACCAGCGGGAUAUUGUGUCUCUUUGGAACGUGAUCUUUGACCUACAAUUCAUGUUUUUCAUGAAUAAUCCGUGACCUUUUAAUUUUGAUCCAUGGUCUAUGAGCUUUGAACUUUGCAGUUUUACUUCAGGGACAAAUAAAAUAAACAUAAUCGAUUUGAUCGCUAUCAGAAGAGCUUAAUUAGAAAUAUGACACGUUUGUCUUAGCGAAGGCCUAACAAGACCAGUCUGAUUGCAAACUGAGAACACAAAGAAGUCCCCAUGAUUUAUAAAUAAAUUCAUAAUAAAACUGGAUAUACUUUAUUCUUAAAAAAUGCAGUCAGGAAAUAUGUUUCUGUCUGGUGUUUCUAUAGAAAUGUGCAUAAAUAAUCAAGUUGAUCUAUGGGUCAUGUGGGACUUCUUUUAAUCUAGAGGGGUGUGUUUUUCAUCGCCUUUUUGACUAUUUUACACAAUAGUUUUGUUUGAUGACGUCGUAAUUUUAUCCAGUUAGUUGAGAAUUUAAUGAUUUUUGUUUAGCUGACUAUUGAUGUAGCUCGUUUGUCCAACAAGCUAUAGUACGCUUGAUCAUUUAAGACUGAUAGCACUUGAUUACUGGCUUGCAUCAGUGCCAGUUGGGCACCGAAAAGCCGUAAAUAUAUAUAUAUGUUAUCUAGCAUUUGGUUUUGAUGGCCUACAAAUUACGGAUCCCUCAGCUAAGGACAUGCAAUUUAACGAGCAAAUUCGAGCAUCCACCCGCUCUAGCCCAACACAUAUUUGCAAUAUUUUUUUCUAUUUUCAUCUGAUUGCCACUUUUCUGGACUCUGUAUAUUAUGCUUUCAUUUGUUGCUCUGUGUUGCUAUAGGUGGUAAUAUGUAAUGGUUUCCAUUUCCCGUUAUGAAAAUAAAACGUUCUUAAAAGCGUAUAAAGACGUGCUUUUGUUGCAAAAUAAUGAAGGGGAUUUUUGAUGUCAGGGUUCCAAUAUUUUAAUAUUUAUCAGCAGUCCUGAAAACACUCCUCCUUUGAAAACGAUUACUUAGCUUGAAUCGUACCUACCAGGCUCCUUGUGAAGCCUCGAUUUUUGCUCGCUGGCUUUCUAGUGCCAGAGAGGGUCUACCUGAUUAAUCUUUGCUCGCUUUGCGCGCAGAUGUCAGGUAUUUAACUUUAACAUUUCAUACUUGGUAGAGACGUACAAAUGUAUUUUUGAAAACACUUUGAGAAGCAUAUUGAAACUACAAAGAAGCGUCUGUUUAAUUUGAUACUUGGGUAAUUGGGAUUUUUGAAUGAAACUAUGUACGCACAUAAUCCCCAUGUUGCCCUUUCCUUUCUGUUUCUUCUUCUUCUUCAAAUUGAGUUAUAAAACUAGAACGUCCUUAUUUAUUUAGCUGUCUAUAUAAUUAGCUCAAUUCUGAAUUCAUUUCCAUUUAGACAAAUUUAAUAAAACCUACUAAAUUGAGCUCUGGAAAUCUUUUCUUUCUUUAGUUUCUGAAACCACUUUGUCGCCUCCAGUUUUUUCUUCGUUGUAUUCCAUGGCAUUCCUUUAUCGAUGUUUUGCUCAUAUGUUUUUGGAAGGUUCUUAUAUGCGUAAUAUUCUCAACACAAACGUAACAUAUUCAAUUCCACAUACUUAACAUUCAAAAUUGGAUGAAUAUUGCAGUCAACUCCUAAUAAGUUUCAUUUCAUAAAGGGAACAGCAUUAAGGCCUUCAGAUAAUGGCUAUGAGACAUGGACAGGUAUAUUGCGUUCCUCAAACAAACGAGUAAACUUGAAAGCCUUCCGUGUGAUUCAUUCACUGCCCAUAUUCAAAAGGGGAGAAUUACCGUUUUUGAAGAAACCCCCAAGCUGCCUUGCAAUACGUGGUUUAGUCCCUUCCCAUCGGAUGAUCAAGAAUCAAACAAUUUAUCUAAGCCUGUUAUAUGGUAAUAUUAUAUCCCUUUCCCUUCAUGUUCAGAUCAAUGAUCCCCUUAGCCAGAUCUGGUGCCACCAAUGUUUGUUCUUAUUUUCACUGACUUAGGUACCUCUGCAAUAUUGGCAUCGCUUCGUUUUCAACCACUUAUUGCCGUUCACUUAUUGCUGUAGCAUGACUCAUAAAUGAGCUCCAUAGUAUUGAAUCAACCCCAUAAAAGGCCAAAGUAAAAGUUGUUAUUCUUUCCUCGACCGUCUGCUGUAUAUUUGGUUUAAGUGUAUAAGCAAUAACUUUUAAGACAUAAAAGUAGUUUGUGGCGUUUCUUGAACGCCGGUGUUGUUAUUGAAAAGUGGUAUAGUCACUUCAAGAGAUUUCAGUCUCUGCUGCCAUGUUGGAUGCGUUAGCUCAAUAUGUUUUUAAGUUUGUUUGUUUUGCUCAAAGAAUGUUGUUAUGUUUUGUUCUACAUCAAAUAUAUAUAUGUUCCAGUUCCAUCAAAAACAUUAUAGAACUUAGAAAAAAGUUAUUUUAAGAUUUACCCCCCAAUACCUUUUACAGAGUGUUUUGACGAAACUGAUCUUAUUUAAGUGUUAGGCCUUGCCCUGUAAUUUACCCCUUCUUUUCAUAAUACAAGUCUUUGUAUUGUCCUCGGUCCUCGCCAUUGGACCAUUUUUGCAUUGAAGUGGUCCAGAGUCCCCCGAAUAUUAAACCACCGGACUCCCCUAUAGUGUUAUCACUCAAAUAGUUGUUCUUGGCCUUUAUUCGAAGAAGAAUCUGUCAGAAAAUGUUUGUGACAAAUAUUGAAUUUUUAAAAGUAAACGCGAGAGCAAGUUCACUCACUGUAUGUAGAUACAAGCCCAAUGCAUCAACACUUUUCCUUCGGUAUCAUUUUUCACUUAAAUGUAGACACGGGUAGUUGCAUCUCCUUUAUUUGUAAGACAGGUAUGCUCUCUUUUAUUAUGUUGGAUGUCCAAAUCAA